UGUGUGUGGGCAUCACAUUAGGUAACUGAACUGCUGAGAUUUUAUCUGCAGUGCAGACAAAGAUUAGUGAGAGUCUAGUGUGCUCAUUCAUAGUCAGGAAAACCAAGACAUGGAGCUCGGAUCAGCGGUCAGUGCCGUGAGGAGUAUGAGGGUGCUGGUUGGUGAGGAAGUACGUCCUGCAGUCGUGGUUAUAAAAGACGGGAAAAUACAUGAAAUCGUCCCGAGCUGCAGCUUUUCUGAGGAUGUGGGCUGUCAGGUGUUGGACGUGGGUGACAGCGUGGUGAUGCCAGGUAUCGUAGACUGCCACGUUCACGUGAACGAACCGGGCCGCGCCUCCUGGGAGGGUUUCUGGACCGCCACGAGAGCUGCAGCAGCUGGAGGGGUGACAACGAUUGUGGACAUGCCGCUAAACAGCAUCCCUCCCACCACAACGCUCAGCAAUUUUCACGAGAAGCUGCGGGAGGCGACAGGGAGGUGUUUUGUGGACGUGGCCUUCUGGGGAGGUGUGAUCCCGGGCAAUCAGCUCCAGCUCCGGCCCAUGAUCCAGGCUGGAGUGGCUGGCUUUAAGUGCUUCCUCAUCCACAGCGGGGUGGACGAGUUCCCCCAUGUGAAUGACUGUGAUUUACAUACAGCCAUGAAGCAGCUGCAAGGCACAGGAAGCGCCCUGCUGUUUCACGCAGAGAGGGACGUUCAGGAAGCGAAACAGGAGACUGGUGACCUUUGCCAGUACUCCACCUUCCUGCAGUCCAGGCCAGAUGUUAUGGAGAUUGAGGCUAUUCGUGUUGUCACAGAGCUCUGCCUGCAGUACCGGGUACGUUGCCAUAUAGUCCACUUGUCCUCUGCAAAGCCGCUGAAACUGAUCGAGGAAGCACGGCAGGCCGGCGCUCCUCUGACGGUGGAGACCACCCACCACUACCUCAGCCUGUGUGCAGAAAACAUACCUGCGGGGGCCACACAGUUCAAGUGCUGCCCGCCCAUCAGAGGAGCCGUUAACCGGGAGCAGUUAUGGUCUGCGCUGAAAGCUGGACAGAUUGACAUGGUGGUCUCGGAUCACUCCCCUUGCACCCCCGAUUUGAAGAAACUGGACAGUGGAGACUUCAUGCAGGCUUGGGGAGGGAUUUCUUCUUUACAGUUUGGCUUGUCUCUGUUCUGGAGUUCAGCCAGUAAGAGAGGUUUUCAGCUGCCUGAUGUUGUGAGGCUUCUGAGCCAAAAAACAGCUCAGCUGUGCGGUCUCGACAGCCAGAAGGGCUGCCUCGCCCCCGGCUAUGAUGCCGACUUGGUCAUAUGGGACCCAGAGAGAGAAUUUGAGAUUCAGGAAGAAAACAUAAACCAUAAAAACAAGCUAACUCCUUACCUCGGCCUCAAACUGCAAGGGGUCGUGUGGGCCACCAUCCUGAGGGGGCGGCUGGUGUACAGAGACGGCAGCUUCUGCCCCGAACCCCUCGGGAAGCAUCUCCUCAUCCCUCAGAGGACCAAUCAGGCGCAACUGUGAAGCACAACAACGAGCUGUCAUAAUAAAGCCACCU